CAACUUUACCUUCCUUCCACCAUGUCAUCGGUGAAGGCGACGUCCUUUGCUGCCAUUAAAAAUGCGCCUCUUGUUGGCCUUGCUGAAGGCAACAGCUACUUCAGCAAUUACCAUCUCGCGGCCGUUGUCCUUGUCGUUCCCUAUAUCUUGAAAUCCAUCCUUCCCCUCGUCAGUCGCGGUGGAUUCAAGACGUAUCUUUUCCUUCUCGUGUUGUCAGGCGUCCCAACGACUGUUGCAUACUGGACCUUGGCGUCUAUGUACGGUGCACGCAAAAAUCAGAAGGUUACGCUUCCCGGGAAGGACAUCGAGGAGUACAUCGAAAUCAAGGACGUGGAGCUUUCUAGGCUGUACAAGGGAAAGGACAAAAUUCCCAUCCAGGUCUUCCACGAUGCGUACUUUGACGGCAAAGCUGAAUUCAAGGGCGACGUGUUGGAUAUUUUGGAACAGCGUCACGACUGGGCCAAGUUCACGUUUACUCCGGAACUCUUCAAGCAUGUAUUUACGAAGCUGAUUCCCGACGUUAUCUCGCAUUCUCGGGAGCAGGACCAGGAUCAAGUUCAAGACCAUUAUGACCGCGGUGACGACUUUUACGGAUGGUUCCUUGGUCCGCGUAUGAUAUACACGUCCGGUAUCGUCCUAGAUGCCAAUGUUCAGGAGACUCUUGAACAGCUUCAGGACAACAAGCUCGCAGUCGUGUGUAACAAGUUGGAUCUCAAGCCAACGGACCGCCUCCUCGAUAUUGGCUGCGGAUGGGGCACCCUCACGGCCUACGCUGCCAAGAACUUUGGCUGUGAUGCGACAGGUGUUACCCUUGCCAAAAACCAGGCGAAAUUCGGUAAUGAUAGGAUUGCAAAGAACGGUAUAUCUGCCGACAAGGCUCGUAUUCUCAAUCGCGAUUAUCGUGACAUUCCCCAGGUCCCUGGAAGCUUCGACAAGAUCGUCUGUCUGGAGAUGGCCGAGCAUGUCGGCAUUCGUCGCUACUCUCAAUUCUUGUCGGAGGUGUACAACUUGCUUUCAGAUGACGGUGUAAUGGUUUUCCAAGUCGCUGGUUUCCGACCAUGCUGGCAGUUUGAAGAUUUGAACUGGGGUCUUUUCAUGAACAAAUACGUUUUCCCUGGUGCUGACGCGUCGUGCAGUCUUGGAUGGGUCAUACAGAAACUUGAAGGUGUUGGCUUUGAGAUCAAGAAUAUUGAUGUUCUCGGGGUGCACUAUUCCGCUACACUUUACAGAUGGUACUUGAACUGGGUCAGCAACAAGGACAAGGUUAUUGCGGCCUACGGUGAAAAAUUGUAUCUCUCUUUCGUACGUAUUUACGGUAGCUUAUAUACCAUUUACAGGCAAGGAAGCGCAUCAGUGUUCCAAAUUACAGUGCACAAGAAUUUGAACGCAUACCAUCGCAUUGCUGGCGUCGCUAAUCAUGCAUCAAUUCACGUCAAACUGGACAAGGAGCCAAUACUAAUUGAGUAGGUUACUGGUUGAAACUAGAUUUAGGAACCGUAGUUACUUGUUUUGAAAAUACGCUAUACCCACCUGUGGCACUAGAAUGGACUUUUGUUUGAGCGUUGGACAACUUCGGUGACAACGACUUUGACGUUUCUCAGCGGUCGUUAUGUCCUUAUGGUCUCGUAUAAACGUUUUUCCAAACGUUGA